CUGUACACUCUCGUUAACACCCCCACAGGACGAUAAUGGUACGGUCGGCUGCUCUGUCAAAUUUCAAGGGCAGUUGCAUGUGUGUCUCUGUCCCGUCUAACCUGCAAUAACUACUUUCAGCAUGCUGUGCAGAGUUGGCCAAAUGCGCAGGUGUGCAGCCACCCUCAGCCAAACUAUAAACCAGGUAGCUGCAUCAAGACAGAAGCACACGCUCCCUGACCUGACCUAUGACUAUGGUGCCCUGGAGCCCCACAUCAAUGCAGAGAUAAUGCAGCUGCACCACAGCAAGCACCAUGCAACAUAUGUCAACAACCUCAAUGUUACAGAGGAGAAAUAUCAGGAGGCACUAGCAAAGGGAGAUGUGACAGCACAGGUUGCCCUCCAGCCUGCUCUAAAGUUUAAUGGAGGAGGCCACAUUAACCACACUAUCUUCUGGACAAACCUCUCUCCAAAUGGUGGUGGCGAGCCACAGGGGGAGCUGAUGGAGGCCAUUAAGCUGGACUUUGGCUCCUUCCAGAAGAUGAAGGAGAAGAUGUCUGCUGCUACAGUGGCAGUGCAGGGCUCGGGCUGGGGCUGGCUGGGCUACGACAAGGAGAGUGGAAGACUGCGUAUCGCUGCUUGUGCUAACCAGGAUCCACUGCAUGGAACUACAGGUCUCAUCCCCCUCCUCGGUAUCGAUGUAUGGGAGCAUGCCUACUACCUUCAGUACAAAAAUGUGCGGCCGGACUAUGUUAAGGCUAUCUGGAAUGUCAUCAACUGGGAGAAUGUGAGCGAGCGUCUCCAGACAGCCAAAAAGUAGAACAUAAUCCUCAAAUAUCCCCUUUCACCUAGACCUGGGUCAAAUAGUAGUCAUUUUACGUUGCAUGGAGUAUCUGAGUGGUGGCAUAUUCAGAUUUACAACAGUUUGGACUUUCAGAUGUUCAGCUGCAUCAAAGUUGAUUAAGUUAACUUUACAAUAUUUACACACACAUACAAAGGUUGAAGCAAACUUAAAAACUUGUUUGCAAGUGCUUUAUUAUCUCAGGUCUGUACCCGACCUCCAUACUUUUUUCAAGCGCACAAAUUGACCACCUUUCACAUCAAGGCUGGCUAUUUUUAAUUACACCCAAAUAUUGGCUGCCACACAUGUAAACUCAGUGUCAGAUAACCAGUGUAUAUUCAGUGAGCUUUGUCUUUGUCAGAAUAACUCACAAUGUAAUCACAAAAUGUUAUUGCAGUCCAUGUUUUUGAUGUAAUAUAAUAAAAUGAUAGGAUUUAAAUUAUACAA